UCUCUCUCUCUCUAGAUUUGAUCCUGAACAAAAGGCAUCAUGGGAUCUCUCCCGCCGUCGUCGUCGGACCUCUCCCUCCACCACCCACAUUCCUCCCCCAAAUCCCCAAUUUCCGAAACUACCCUCCUCCAGCUCUUCAAAUCCCAACAGAGCCACCUCAACUUCUUCUUCCACCACCUCGACCUCGCCCAGACCCUCUCCUUCACCCUCACCCUCCUCCGCUCCUCCGGCACCAUCUUCUUCUCCGGCGUCGGCAAGUCCGGCUUCGUCGCCAACAAGAUCUCCCAGACCCUCGUCUCCCUCGGCAUCCGCUCCUCCUUCCUCUCCCCACUCGACGCCCUCCACGGCGACAUCGGCAUCCUCGCCGCCUCCGACGUCCUCGUCCUCUUCUCCAAGUCCGGCAACACCGACGAGCUCCUCCGCCUCGUCCCCUGCGCCAAGGCCAAGGGCGCAUUUCUCAUCGCCGUCACCUCCGUCGCCGGCAACGCCCUCGCCUCCGUCUGCGAUAUGAACGUGCAUUUGCCGCUCGAGCGGGAGCUCUGCCCUUUCGAUUUGGCUCCGGUCACCUCCACCGCCGUCCAGAUGAUCUUCGGCGACACCGUCGCCAUCGCUCUCAUGGGCGCCAGAAACCUCACCAAGGAGCAGUACGCCGCCAACCACCCCGCCGGCCGUAUCGGAAAGUCCCUCAUUUUCAAGGUGAGAGAUGUGAUGAAGAAAGAAGAGGAAUUGCCGGUAUGCAAGGAAGGCGGCAUGAUAAUGGAGCAGCUGGUGGAGCUGACAAGCAAAGGAUGCGGCUGCUUGCUUGUGAUUGACGAUCAGCGUCACCUGAUCGGCACAUUUACUGAUGGAGAUCUCCGGCGCACUCUCAAGGCGAGCGGAGAGGCCAUCUUCAAGCUCACGGUCGGCGAAAUGUGCAACAGGAACCCGAGGACUGUCGGCCCUGACGCAAUGGCGGUCGACGCAAUGCAGAAAAUGGAAGCUCCGCCUUCCCCUGUGCAGUUCUUGCCUGUCAUCGAUGAGCAGAAUGUGGUGAUCGGCAUUGUCACUCUGCACGGACUGGUAUCGGCUGGACUUUGAUGUAAUGUACUCGGGCUGGUUGUCUAUGUGCAAUGUUGUUCUACUUGCUCAAUUGAUUCAUUGUGUUUAGCAUUUGUGAUCGAUGAAUGAUGAUGAUUCUUUGUAUACUAAAAUAUGAAGCCACCCCUUUUAGGUAUCUUGGUGCUACUAUUCUUUCUGGUGUUGUACUAGGAUAUAUGAGUUCUUCGUACGAUCGUUUUGUAUGUCUUCAAGGUCUGGCUGCAAUUACACCAGUAUUAAUAUAUAC